AUGUCGACGCCUGGACAAGAUGCAAAGUUCUUCACGCGCGGAAAGAUCGAGGAAUUCCGAACGGAAUUGCAGGCGGCAGAAGCGAAGGACAAGAAAUUCGUAAAGCGCAAGACGGUUCUGAAGAAGAUAGUGGCGAACAUCACCAUGGGCAACGAUAUGUCGCUGCUGUUCACGGAUGUCGUGCAAUGUCUAGGGACGCCGCUAUUGGAAAUCAAGAAGAUGGUCUACCUGUUCCUCGUCAGCUACGGACGUUCAAAACCUGAUCAAAUACAUCUCGUUAUACCUAACUUUCUUCAGGAUUGCAACGACCGAAAUCCCCUUAUACGCGCGUUGGCUAUUCGCACAAUGUCCUAUAUACCCAUACCCGUCGUCACAGAUGCUCUCGGAGACACAUUACGCCACUGCCUAAAGGAUCGCGACCCUUACGUCCGGAAAACCGCUGCGAUAUGCGUAGCAAAACUUUAUACCGCCGAUCCACGGAAAGCGGAGAAGGGGGGAUUUGUCGAGCUGCUGCGAGGCUUGCUGCAAGAUUCGAACGCUACUGUGGUGUCCAAUGCCGUGGCAGCCUUGACGGAAAUUGGAGAUCGGCAGGAUGGUGUGAUGUUCAAGGUCAACCUUUCGAUCGCGCACAGGCUCCUGGCUGCCUUGGGCGAAAGCUCAGAAUGGGGUCAAAUAUAUAUUCUCGACUCUCUACUACGCUAUGUACCGGAGUCUCACUCAGAUGCUGAUUUGCUCGCAGAGCGUAUCAUCGUACAACUCCAACAUGCCAACUCGGCAGUGGUCCUUACCACUAUCAAGGCAUUGUUGUAUUUCAUGAAUUAUAUGGAUGAUCGGAAACGAAUUGAUUACAUUUGCAAGAAGAUGGGUCCCCCGCUAGUGACACUUCUGUCCUCAGGUCCAGAGGUCCAGUAUGUUGCCUUGCGGAAUAUUUUGCUGAUCAUUCAACGCCGGCCUACUGUUCUCAAGAACGACGUGAAAGUCUUCUUUUGCAAAUACAACGACCCUAUCUACGUCAAACUCGCGAAACUGGAAAUUAUGUAUCGUCUCGCCCGAGCAGAAAACGCGAAAGAGGUGCUUGCUGAACUCCAGGAAUACGCCUCAGAAGUGGAUAUCGACUUCGUUCGCAAGGCGGUUCGUUCCAUAGGCCGACUGGCGAUUAAGGUGGAAGCAGCCGCGGAUGAUUGCAUACAAGCCCUUUUGGAUCUGAUCGACACUGGGGUUACAUACGUAGUACAAGAGGCCAUCAUCGUGAUAAAGGACAUCUUUCGGCGGUAUCCCGGGAAAUACGAAGGGAUCAUCCCUACAUUGUGCGAACACCUUGAUGUUCUGGACGAGCCAGAAGCCCGUGCCGCGAUGAUCUGGAUCCUCGGCCAGUUCGCGGACCGGAUAGAGAAUGCAGACGAUUUACUUGACGCGUUGCUUGAUAAUUUCUUGGAUGAAAGUGUCGAGGUUCAGCUCUCUCUAUUGACCGCAGCUGUCAAGUUAUUCAUCUACAAAUCCAAAUCCGAAACCACGAAGGCACUGGUCCACAAAGUACUCAAGUGGGCGACGGAGGAAGUAGACAAUCCCGACUUACGAGAUCGAGGUUUCAUGUAUUGGAGACUCCUCGCCUUGAAUCCCGCCGUAGCGGGAGAAAUCGUUCUGGCAGAGAAACCACCAAUAACGACUGACUCCGACCGGAUGGAUCGAGGUGCUCUUGAUCAGCUAUUGCUCCACACUGGCACUCUGGGAAGUAUAUACCACAAGAACCCUGAGACAUUCAUAAGGAAUGCGGUUGGCAGAGCUUUGGUAGACAGCCCCGCUUUGAAUCCUCAUUCUCGCGCUGUCCUCGUACACUUGGCACAACCUCAGCUUCCAACAACGGUGCGUGUAGCAGGCCCAGGCCCCGUAGAACCGACGACGGAUCAACAACACAAUCCAGAAACGCCUAUUCCACCCCCACCAGCUACGACUUCGAAGCCCGAGCCUGAACUUCCCAAGUCAACAAGCUCUCCAACAGAGGACGAUGAAGCUGGGGACGACGGCGAUGAUCAUGCUCCCCCUCAAGCAAAAUCGAACGACCCUUACGCUAAUUUGGGUGGAGCAUUUGGCGGCUAUGUUACUGACGAACCGCGUCCCAUGGGGUCCGGCAGAAAUGGUGACAUUGAUGACCUGUUGUUCUAG